CUCGCGCCCCUGGAAGGAGCGGGAAGGGACGAGCCCCAGAGCCGCUACGGCCCCGGCAGCAGUUCGCAGGCGCAGCCGCUUCUCCCCGCCUCUAUCGCUCGUCGCUCCGCCCCGUCCCCUCUCAGUGCGCAGACGUGGGGUUGAGAUGAGCGUGCUGCUCCCCAACAUGGCGGAUUUUGACACGAUCUAUGAGCUGGAGGAGGAGGAAGAGGAGGAAGAAGAAGAUGAUGAUGAAGAGGAGGAGGAAGAGGAGGAGUCGUCCGAGCCUGAGCCCGUGGUGCGGAGCCAGGAGUUGCCGCGGCCUCGCGAUGCGCCGGAUCCUGUGGUGGUGCGGGGCGCCGGGCACAUCACCGUGUUUGGCUUGAGCAACAAGUUUGAUACAGAAUUUCCCUCUGUUCUGACAGGGAAGGUUGCCCCAGAAGAAUUCAAGACCAGCAUCAGUCGUGUGAAUACCUGUUUAAGAAAGAAUCUUCCUGUCAAUGUAAAAUGGCUGAUCUGUGGCUGUCUGUGCUGCUGCUGCACACUGGGCUGUAGCCUGUGGCCUGUAGUCUGUCUUAACAAAAGAACUAGAAGAUCAAUUCAGAAGUUAUUAGAAUGGGAAAAUAACAGACUAUAUCAUAAGCUUGGCUUGCACUGGAAGCUGAGUAAAAGGAAAUGCGAAACUAGCAAUAUGAUGGAAUAUGUAAUAUUAAUAGAGUUCUUACCAAAAUAUCCCAUAUUUCGACCCGACUGAGGAACCGCAUUUGGUCUUUCACGUUACCUGUCAUUUUCUACCCUUAGUGCCUUGUAGAUGAUUUUGGAAAGAAGAUGGUCUACUUUGCUGUGAUUUACGAAACGUUCUUCAGUAGAGUUACCUUCCUUGCGAUGUUACUUUUUGUUUGACAACAAUUUGCACAUUUUUUUAAAUGUUAAACGAGGCUUCUGUGUUGCACUCUGAAUUUUUAACAUGAACAGAAACUGAGAUAGUUGCCACUAGGGAUCUAACAUCAGUGCUGCUUUAACUCGUUCUGAGCAUGCUGCCUUAUUAAUUUCUAUGUUUAGCGUGUAUCCUCAAACAUGCGCCCUGAUGCUGUGUCAUACUGUAUUUCAUUCUGAACAUCGCAAUCCUAUAAGCCCCUCAGUAGAAAUGUCCAGGUAAGCGUCUAAUAGUAAAGACUUUAGUGUCACUUGCUUGCAUAGGACUUGCAAUUAACAGCACUGGUUUUGUCCUGCACUUUGCAAAAUCAUCAUUUACAUUAGGGGGGUUAAUUCUUUUACCCACUAUAGAUUUGUAAAUAUUGACUCUGCAUAAUGUAAAGCGUGGUAUGCCAAGGUUUACAGAAUGUAAUAUAGCUCUUGUUCUAUUACCAACAGUAUGACAUAGUUUUAUUCAUGACAUUUGUUAUCAUCCCUCUGAUUGUAUAGACCCAUUCACAUACUGUUUUUAUGGUAAAGCCAUAAUGAGUUUGUACAUAUUGUCAGAUGUGUAGGGCUCAGUUGCACUUUUGUUUAGUAAAUGGGUGACAAAUGUGUAGCAUUUGUUUGUUGGUUGUUGUUUGGUUUAUGUUUUUGUUUUCUUUCUUUUCAGUAUUUCAGGUGUUAUUUGUGGCACUUGAAAUGGGAACCUUAUAUACUGUUUAUCUUUUGAAACAAUUACGUUUAUGGGGAGAUGGUGGCUGCUAUUAGCAAAGCAUCCCAAAGCCCACUUCUUACAUUUACAAUAUCUGAAAGUCGGCUCCUGUGGGUCGUUUUGUUUUGUUUUCAGAGUAAGACCAAGUGUAUAUUGUGAUUGGAGAGAGCCGUUACUAAGGAGAAGAAUUUGCAACAGCCAAAUGAAAGUUGAAGUAACAGUGAAUAUUUCUAUAGCACGACAAUACUUCAGCAUUGUAACAGUUAAAUGGUAUGGCAUCCCUUUCUAGCAGAAAUACUUUCUGUCUAAAUCAGAGCAGUAUUUCAGAAUGUGCCGAUGGGAAGAAGUACAUCAGUCAGAUGGGCUCACGUGUAUAUUUUGGCAUUCGGGAACAGUCUGAAGAGCCACAAAUGCCUUGUGGAAUUCAGAAGCUUUUUUGGACUCCUCCCUGUUUGCUUGAUGUCAGGAAGGGAAGUGGCCAUAGAAAAACUUACUGUAAUGCCUAAGCAAGACCAUUUGUUCAUAGCAAAUGAAAGAAAGAAGCAAAUGACAAUGCAUUGUUUCUCACCCCUGUCCCCCUUCCUAGAUAGAAGUAAGAGAAAAAAAACCAAACAGAUAACUGAUUAUCUGCAGGUUGUGAUGAAUAUAAUCAUAAAUAUCCACAGGUAUUUCCUUGCAGCAUCACAGGUUGCUUUUUAGUUUCAGACUGAUUUAGGACUUCCUCUGAAUGUAUUUGCAUCUCUUCAGUGUGCAAUAUUGUAUUAAAACACAGUAUUAGUAAAGUCAUUACAUCCUAAUAGCUGUAACGGGCCAGAUACCCAGUACACAGUGUUUACAGGCCAGUUUUAUGUAAGUUGUUACUUGGAAUCCAAUUUCUUGCUCUUCUAACUGUACGGCUGAGUGUCCGGUUCCAGCACUUGCAGUAGUUCCAGAUCUCAGACUGAUGCUUCAGGCUCUGAAAUCUGGAUGGUUAGUGCAGAGGUUUUGUUGGACCAGUAGAUUGGUAAUGACUAACUGAUGGAUUGAAUUUGUAAUUUAAUUUAAUGAAUGAAGUGCAGUGUUGUGUGAAUUUAACGUGAGCUACACCUUGCAGUUCAGAUUUCUGUCAUAGAACCAUGCAAAGUAUUCUGUCCUUUUUAUCUCUAUUUUUGUUGUUUAGGAUGAGUGUUAACUGGAAGCAGAGGAAAUACUUAAUGGCAGAAAGGAACGGUGAAAAGCAAACUUGACAUAGCACAGUCGGUUUCCCUUAGAAGUAAGCGUAUGUGGUAUAAGUGAAGGGAGCUUAGUUGGACAGGACAAUAGAAGUUUCUUACAGUUAUUCCAGAGCUUUGUUAGCUAUUCUCUUGUGUAAGAAACUCAAAGAAAUUUCAGCAGGUUCUUAAUUUUUGCUUUUAUGUGACUACAUUUUCCAAGUGUUUUUUUCCAGCUUAGAGAAGAGGCGAGAGUCUCAGUAAGUGCCAGUGCUGAGUGCUAAGCAGCCCUCGGUCUCACUAUGAGCACAAGUCCUCUGCUGAGUCUGUGCUCGUUUCAUUGGGUGGAGUUGGGAGUUUUUCAGCUGAUCUGUCUUGUUUCAGUGAAAUGCUGUGCCAAGCACAGGGAAUACCCUGAGUUUCCCACUUAAGCACAGAGUAUUUAUUUUCAAAGUUUACAUUUCAAACACAUAUAUUCUAUACGCUUUACUUUGUCCUAAAUUAUUAAUUGUAUUCAAACCGUGAAAGGGGCUUUUCCUGUUAUGUUUUAAUAGGCACUUAAAAACGCGGCCAUAGAACAACUAGUAGAGUAUGAGAGCUGAAACAGAAGUUUACAUCACGCUCCUUGUUUUAAUAGGAAGAUAAAUUUGCAUUUAAAUACAAAAGCAGCACGCAGUAUUACAUUUGCAUCUGAAAGACAGGUUUAAUAGCUCAUUUAAAGAUGAAAGCAACUGUAAAUGGUGCUGUGAACUUUUCUGCCUACAGGUUCUCUUUUGCCUAGGCUGUCCUUUGCUUUAAUAUGAAACCAUCCGGCAGGUAGUUUGUAUCUCAUAAGACUGGAGAACUCAUUUUGAACAAUAAAAAAUCAGCAUGCGAUGGUAGGUCUGUUUAUAGAGGAUACUUGUUAACUGGAGAAAGCACGCAUAGUAAUGUAACAGACUGACGUGAGCAAAGUGUAAUAGAAAUGGUGAAGGCAGUGCCUUGACUGGCUUCAAUGAAAUGAAAGAAAGGAGAAAGGGGAACUGGUAGCAGUACAUAGGGUGAGUUUGCAGCCAUUUUAUACAGUUCUUAAUAUCAUCCGUCUAAUCAGCGUUCAGUUUUUCAUAUAAACAUGCUGACGCUUCCCUUAACUUGCAUGUGUGAAAUGCCUGUUUGUUUCUUUGUUUUAAAUAGAAAGUUUUUGUAUGUGAGGAGCAUUAAGGAAUACUGCUGAGCUCUUACCUACAGUUCCCCACCCGCUUCUUGUGAAGUUCUUUUACCAUGGGAGGAGAAAAGAUCUAUUUUAGAACAUGCACAGGCAAGUCUAGGAAGUGUGGACUGGGCUGUAGGUGAAUAACUUGAUAAAAAAGAACAUUUUUGCUAAAAUCUAGAGUGGUAUUGACUGGGGGAAAACGUCCCUGUACAUUUUAUCAUAGGUACAAAAAAACACUGUAUGCAAAACCAUAAAUAUAUGCACAUUAGUGCCCCACUAUGACAAUUAACCAUGUUUACUUGUCAACACACUACCAUCAGAGCAAUAAAAACAUCAAGCUAUUACAAUUCACUGUAAAUAAGUGAUUACUUCAGUAACGUUGUGUGAUUCCUCUGCCAUUUUCUUCCGCUCUUGCUGUGUAAUGUUACGUGUAUGGCUUCUGGAAAGUGCUUUUGUUUCAAGGUGUAUGAAACUUUUUAAAACCGUCUUAACAUUUUUAUUCCGUUCACAAGUGAACAGCCACUUUUUUAAUAGGACCUCACACUUGGAAAGCUUUAUGGUUUCCUUUUCAAAUAAAAUUCCGAGCUUUGUUUCUACAUUUUCCUGCAUAGGCUCGUGCCGUUUCAAGGCGUUGGAAGUCACACGUGCUUAAUCACUAUGAGACGUUUUUCUUUUAAUUAAAUUGAAAGGUGAAAACCUC